GUCUUCAACCAAUCACUGAACGCAAUUGGUGUACAAAAUUUAAAAACAACUUGAUGGUCACGUUGAUGGAGUUGUUUAUGUUCUCAGAACGAGAAUUGCUGUCUAAACAAUAUCACGAAUAAAACCGCGUGGUGCUACUUUGUGAUUAUAGUACUUUUUCGAGGAUUUUGUGAGACCAAUAUUUGUUCUGUAUCACAUUUUGUGCACACGGGUAGACUGCAAAAGAAGAGAAAUGAACUCGAAAAAAUCCAAGGGAACCUCCGUGAUGGAUUUAAGAAAAUCGAAGUCAGGGACAGGCUCAUUAGCACAAAUCCACCAAGAUGUGCCAAAACCAGUUUUGAAUGUCCUCAGCAAUCUGAACGGAGUCAAGCGACAGGGAGACAACAUGUUAGACCAAAAACAGAAGAGACGAGCAGCAUUUGGUGACAUAACAAAUGCCAUUAAUGAUAACAAUGUACAAAAGAAAGACACCCAGAAGAAGACUAAACCUCCAACAGGUAAUACUAAAACAACAAAGAAAAAGUCGGAGAAAAAGAAGACUGUUAAAUCAGAAAACACAGACCCUCUUCAGGAGGAUGUCCAGCUGUCCCAGGGCUCUGUCGUGUCCAGUUCUCAAGAGAGUGUGUCCAGUAAUAAUUCCACCAAGGACAGUCUGACAGACCUAAGUCAGUGCAGUGCCGCGUUAGAGGAGGAGAAAGAAAUCGUCCCAGAGUCAGUGGAGGAUGUAGACACAGAAAAUCUUCAGGAUACUGCACAGUGUGCUUUGUAUGCCCCAUUCAUCUUUAGAUACUACAAGGAAAGGGAGCUAAAGUUUAUGGUUCCCAUGUACAUGGACAGUCAGUCAACGCUGACAACGAACAUGCGAUCCAUCUUGGUGGACUGGCUCGUAGAGGUGCAGGAAAACUUUGAACUGAACCAUGAAACCCUGUACCUAGCUGUCAAACUAGUGGACACCUAUCUGUCUCUCCAGCCGAUUCCCAAGGAGAACCUGCAGCUCGUGGGUGCAGCUUCCCUCUUCAUCUCCUGCAAGUUUGAUGAGAGAUGUCCCCCAUUGAUUGAGGACUUCCUCUACAUUUGUGAUGAUGCUUACACACGAGUGGAAUUCCUGGAUAUGGAGAGGAUGAUUCUGAAAACAAUAGGCUUCGACAUUGGAAUGCCACUCUCCUACCGUUUUCUCAGGAGAUAUGCCAAGUGUGCCAGAGCUAACAUGGAGACACUCACAAUGGCCAGGUUCAUUCUGGAGAUGUCAUUGAUGGAAUAUGAAUUUAUCAAAUACAGAGAAUCCAAGAUGGCCUCUGCUUGUCUUCUGCUAGCAAUGAAGAUGAAGAAAACUGGAAAAUGGACAUCCACUCUAGAACACUACACUGGGUACAUAGUCAAAGACAUCUCUGAUCUCGUCAAAGAACUCAAUGCCUUGAUUGCUUCCCCUCCCAAACAGUUAACUACCAUCAGAUCCAAGUAUUCACACAGUGUGUUCUAUGAAGUGGCCAAGGUGCCAGCCUUAUCAAAAGAAGACCUGGAUUCUUGAGAUAACUUGACCGGGCCAUAGGGAAGCAGACGAGCUGUUGAGUACCUACAGUACGUGAUGACCUGUGAUACUACAAACCACCUAUAGCCCUGUGAUCCGGUCAUUUAACCUAAAAAUAACAAAACAAAGCUCCUCAGGAAGUGGUACCCAUGAAUUACAAAACCUGCAUUGUAGUGCAGUUUUAGAGACAUGAGGUGAUGUUAGAAUUGUGAAAUAACUACUUGUAUCUGUAUGUAAAUCUGUUCUACUUACUAUUUUUCUCUUUUCCCCCAUCUCUUUUGUACAUAGAAUGAUUUCACAUCUUUUGUGUGUAAUGUGGUACAUUUAUUCAAUUACAUUAUUCUCUCUCUCCAUCCUACCCCCACCCACCCCAAAGAAAAUAUGUGAUUGGUUUAGAUCUUGUUGAUGUUUUAAAUUCAUGAAAUUUAGCUUUGUAAACAAUGGUAAGAAGUGAAUGUAUUACAUAAAAUGAUACCCUACAUUAGGGGAAAAAAUAAUGCAGUUCCAUAAAAUCCAUUAUAAAUGUCUCCAUAUCAUUGAAAUUUGACAUACCGUAUACAUGUAUAUACACCAUCUGUAAAACGAUACAAUUGCAGGAGUCAAUCUAUCACCCCAUAAAAUAACCAUAUGAUUUGACCUGUAAAAAAAACUACAAAUGCAGGAAUUGAUCUGUAAGACAGUAGUAAUACAAAUGUAGAAUUUUUGUUUUUUUUUAACUUUUAGCUCUCUGUUUUAUAUGUAGAUUAACUAAUCAUGUCAAUUUUUUAAGUCUUAUUUUAGUAAAUACUAUUAAUAUUUUGAAUUAUGUUAAAAUUAAAUUUUUAUGCCCAGAAGAAGGCAUGUUUUAUUGAUUGAAAGAGAAAAAAAAAGAUUUCCUUUUUCGGAUUUUAGACCUUUAAAAAUUUAGUAUUGCAAAUAAUUAUAUAUAUAUCUUUACAUGUACAUCUGUUUGGACUUUAGGUACAUUCCCCAUGUCAUUUCAAGGGAAUUUUAAUAGAUCAUGUUGAUUAUUCAGAAAUCGGAGAAUUACUGCAAGAUGUUGAUUUUUGUGUUAUCACAAUUGUUGUUUACGUUGUCUACGUAGGUAUGCCACUUCAAAGACUUCUAAUUAAUUUAAUAUAUUUUACUACAUAGUUUUGCUAAUAUUAGUCUUUUUAUAUAUACAUUUGAUAUUUGUUUCAAUAAAGUUGUUUCAAUGACUGGCUUGUCUUGUACUUUAUGUGACAUCAUAGUUUAUUUAGUCAAACUUUGUGCAUGGUAGAAAGGUAUCUUUGGGGGGGGGGGAAUUUUAUUUAUUAGAUAUAAUAGAAGAUUUGGUUAACUAUUUGAUACUGAAAAGUUUAUAAUCAAUAUUUAAAACAUGUUGUGGAGGGCAAUAAUUGUAAGCUGAUAUUUUCUCCAUCUUAUGUCUAUUAUUAAAAUCUCCCUGGUAUCCACAUUUAAUUUAUGAAAUAGCAAUUUUUUAUUAAACCGAUGACAUUAAAAUUUUAUUAUUUCAAGCAGUUUUUAUGUUGUGUUCAUUAUUUUAUUUACUAUGUUGUUCAAUGAAUAGGUGUGAUUAUUUUAUGUUCAAUGCUUCUGUUUAUGUACAUGUCUGUCGUCUUGAAAAAGAUGGCAACAUACACAAUUUCUUUAAACUACACUGGGUUUGAAUAAAAACAAUGAUGUAAUAAAA